AUGCCGACAGUGGAACGCGGGUGCGCUCUUCAGUGUGCCACGGCUUGUGCAAUGGUCACGUUCAUGCUGUCACGCAGACUCUUGAGUCCACAGUUCAGCACUACCUUGCUGGUCGUCCUUGCUGCUCACGAGCCUGUGGAUGCGCCUUCAGAUCAAGGUUUCUGGGGGCUUGUCAACAAUGCAGGAAUAUCAACAUUUGGUGAGACAGGGUGGCUGUCUAUGGAGAAAUAUGAAAAAUUUGCAGAUGUGAAUCUCCUUGGGAGCAUCAGGACAACCCUGGCAUUUCUUCCCCUUCUGAGGAAAUACAAGGGACGUAUUGUUUUCACGUCCAGCAUUAUUGCCUAUUUUUCUCUGGGAAAUGGCAUUUAUUCUAUGACCAAGGCAGCUAUUGAAAAAUUUUGUGAUGCUCUAAGACUGGAAAUGAAGAAGUUCGGUGUCCGGGUCUGUAUUAUUCAGCCAGGAAAUUAUGCACACUCUACAAAAAUUCAGCCACCAGUCAGUGCAGAAGAGAUUUGGAAUGAACUCGGUGAAGAGGAAAAGGCAGUUUACAAUAAGGAGUAUGUUCAAGAGCGGGCAAACUUUUUCAACAGCAUUCUCAGCAGAGGAAGCGCUAACGGCAAUGAAGUUGUAGAUGCUAUGGUAGAUGCUUUAAUGUCUCCUGCACCCAAGGCGCGUUACAUGGUAGCGAAGCUGAAGGAAAAAGCACUGGUGUUUGUGUGUGCUUUAUUCCCGACCGUUGUGAUGGAUUCCGUUUUGUCUUACGUUCUGAGUAAAGUAAAACUUGCAUAG